UUUUUACCAAUAAUGAAUUCAAAGGUAGAGUCACUUUGCAAUGCUUCAGCUAGAGGAGACAUGGAGAGCUGUUUGCAUUUACUGCAUGAAGGAGCUGCCAUCAAUGGACAAAAUCAAUACAGAAGAACUCCUUUACAGGUGGUGAAGCUGGGGCACACCCGGCUCGUCCGGACGCUCCUCGCGGCCGGAGCGAACCCCAACGAGCGCGACCCGCUCCUCAGACUGACCGUGACGCACGACGCGGCGCGCGAGGGCUUCGUGGAAACGGUGCGCGCGCUGAUUGAGUACGGGGCUGACGUCAACCUGGCGGACGACAACGGGAACCUGCCGCUGCACCUGGCCGAGAAGGAGGGGCACGUGGAGGUGGUCCAGCUGCUGGAACGAGCCGCGAGGGCCCGCGAGGCCCUAACCGAGCCCGGCAGCGAGGUGGGCCACGAGGCCGCUGAAUGGCCUGCAUCAAAGAAUACUGGCACUCUUGACUUGUGUAAGGCCCUAAAUAAACAUCCUAAAAUGGUUUUGUGAACAA